AUGGUAGCAACCCAAUCCACUCAUAGUCGUAGUCCCAUCAAUAUUUCUGGUAAUGCUAUACAGUCCGAAGAAGAAGAGUUGUGGGCUAUUGCCGAAGUUCUUUCUGCAAUGUCAUCAUAUGAAUUUGCUCUUAAACUUCAACAAUUUGACGAAGACGGAUAUGACAUUGACCAGAUAAAAAAGGAUGAUGAAGUUUCCAAUAUACGUUCAUGUGAGUUUCAGUACUCUGACGAUGAAGACUCUGAUACCGUGCAAGACGAUGAAGAAGAAAAUUUCGAUUUCAGUAAUGAAGAUUAUGACAAUGCCGAGGAUUAUCUCAAUAAAAAAGUUGAUUAUGAUACUGAAAGUUUCGAUUCCAAUGAAUAUAUUAGUUCUGAUGAUGGAGGUUACGAUUCCAAUCAAGAGAUGGACGAUUUCGAAGAUUAUUCUACUAGCCAAGAUGUUAAUCAUGAUGAUGAAGGAUACGAUACAAAUAAGGAGGUUAGUUAUAACGAUAGCAGUCAAGAUUUUGGUUAUAAUGACACAGAUGAUGAGGAUGAAAAAUCGUAUCAAGAGAAUUCCGAUUCUGAUAAGGAGGAUGAAAAAAAACGUAAACGCGAAGUACUGGCAGCGCAGAAUGCGCCUGUCAAACGUAGGUUCUGUGAAACUGAAUUAUCGUUGAAUGAUAAUAACGUGAAUGGCAAAGGCAAAGGAAAAGUUGUUCACGAUUCGACGGACGAUGGCACAACUAAUUCUCGAGAAAAAAUAUUAAAUCCACCUAAAGGAAACCAUCAAUGCAAUUCUUGUUAUGACAAGUUCUCAACUUUUAAUUUGAAUGGAAACCUUGAUAAAAUGGCGACCAGCAGUGCCAAUUUGGGCGUUAUUUUGGAUUGUAAACAUGGUUUUUGUUUGGCGUGCAUGAAACAUUACUUAAAUUCUGUGCUUAAAGAUGAAGUUGUGGAAUUUCCUAUCAAAUGUCCAUUGAAGUGUGUUGAUGCAAAAAUUACUGAAAGAGUGGUAGAAAAUUCGUUGGCAAAAGAAGACCUGGAAAAUUAUUAUUUAAAAAUGGCAGUGUCCAACAUUAAAAACAAAAUAUAUUGUCCAAACAAAAAAUGCAGUGCAUUGAUUGAUUAUGAACAAGAUGAGGCUCUGCCAGAACGUGCUCGUCGUGAAUUAGUAGCCCAACAAGAGCAACAAGUUCAACUUCAACGGCAAAUUCGUAUCAAUGUUGUAGGCGUUGGAGGCAGAAGAGAUGAUAUAUUUAUGGAUUCAGAUGAUGAGGACGAAGGGGAUCACAGAAAUCAAGGUCCAGCAAAUCCAGUAAAUCCAGUUCGAGUAAAUCCAGCUCCACCACCUCCGCCCCAACCUCAACAGAGACAAGCAAAACAAAUCAAUCGUCGACUUAAUAUUGACCUCGGUACUCUCCUUAAUGUGCAUAAAGCGCAAAAGCGCUUUCGUCUUAGUAAUUGGAAAUUUCGACGUAUUGAAGAUUUGGAAAGUCACCUCCAACGUACCACGGUUCAUGAGGUUUAUGAAUGUUGUGGCAAG